GGAAGUGCACAAGAAGAAGUAAAAAAAUAGAAAUGUUAAACAAUCUUCAUGCUUUUUAGGAAGUAUGAUUCACACUCUUUCUGGGUAAGAGUGAUGCUGAAUGGUCUUUGGGUCAAAACAUCACAUUCCAGAGCUAUGAGCUUGUAUGAUGUAGAUCAUUAUGGUCAAGGCUUAGCAUCUGUGAAUGGAGAGUGAUGACUGCAUAAAAGGGAGAGAGGAGUUUGCUCCAAUUCACUCCUGCACUGCACCCCAUUCAUAGGGCAGGCAGAGAGGCUUCUUCAUUUUCGGGUCAGAAUUAUAGGUAUUUGACAUGACAUUCGUGUAGCGGGUGAGGCUAUCACGAGAGGAAAUAAUAUGGUCCUCUAGGCCAGAUUGCCAGGGUUUUUUUUUUUAUUUCUUUAUCUUUCGUCCUGUACUUGGAAAUUGUGGAAUUUUGUAUAUAACGACUCAUCGAUAUUAAACGAACCGAAACACAAGGAAUGGUGUCGUGUGUCAUCUUUCUGCAUCAGUUUCCGCGUGUUACAAGUGGCGUUGUCAGCAGGAUCGAUGUUCGUCGUUGGAUACAACCAAGUUCAAACCCUGACAAUCUGAGGAGCUCAUCCGUUGACAUCUUGAUUUGUAAAUAUGAACGUAGCUUUAACACUGUUUAAGAUGUAUUUGUGUGUGUGCAUAGUGUGAAUGCUGUAGCCAAAAUGUAGUUUGGUUUAAAAUAAUGUGGGGCUACAAGUGUAUUUAAUAGGGACUAAUACUAGUGGGAAGGUAUUUUAAGAGAUACCCUGUAAGAGUUUUCAGACCAAAUGGCUUUGGUCAAGGGAAUACUGAGUACUGUUGAAGAUUAGUUUUGUGUUGUCAUGGUAAUGCUAAGGUUUGGAACAGUCCAUGCCCCCUUUCUUAUGUAAUUUUGGCUGGUUGGAUGGGAACCACACAUUGGGGUGUAGGAAGCCAGAGACACCAGUAUUUUAUAUGUUGAUAGGAGGGAGUACAGUAUGUGCAGAGAAGCUCUGGGUUUGGCAAACAUGAUUAACUAUGAAUAGUUGAGGCGUUUCUUUGUCUGAUACUUGAAGUUUGUUAACUUUUUAAUUUUUGUUUUGGAUCUUGAUUAAUAUUCGGUUUAAUUAAGCUAUGGCGUGAAUUAAUGUUAAUUAAUUGCUUGAUCCAGAAUGUGUAUUUGAUAGUUUUAGGGGCUACUUUGGAAAAAGUAGGGGAGCCCACGUGUUGAUGAAAGUGUUUUACUUUCAUGUGUCUGUGUGUUAUAAUGGUUAUCAUAUUGUAAUAUGCUGAUCUUUCUGAUUUGUAACUGGGAUUUGGCUAGGAGUACUGCUAGGUUUAGUCAGGAUAAAGUAUCAAUGUUAAUUUCGAGAACCUCAAUCUGAGACCGGGAUUGCAUUAGAGGGAUACUGGAGUGACUAUUGGGGCAGUAAGGUUUUUCUCUUUACCUUUGUUUAUCUGUUAACCUUCGAGGCCGGAAAGGACGCAGUGGUAGUUGAGAGAAUUAGUCAUAAGUUAUGAGAUUUUUCAGUGUGUUAUAUUGGUAUACCAUUGUUCCAUUUGAAAUUUGCUAAGAUUUGGGGAAACAUCUAGUAAUUGUUAUUUGUUUAUUGUCUUGUAAUUCUUUAACAGUUUGAAUCGGCUUAAAGUAUAAGUAGGUAUAUUUUUGGAGGUUUAAGGAUGACAUUGUAGUGAUUGAUUUUACUGGCUAUAAUUUUAUAAUGGUCUGUUAUUCGUUGAGAUACAUGGAUUGUGAAGGUUUAUGUUGAUAACUAAACAAUUGGUUGGUAUAAACUCUGGAGCUGUUAGGAUCAGUUAGGAAGCACUUGGAAUGUUCAAUGCUAGGAACCUCAACAUGAGACUAGUAUUACAUAAUAUGGAGUGUACUUGAAAACUGAAACAGUUGAGUUUUUGCACUAGAUAUGUUUUCUGUGUUUAUUCUCGUCACGAGACCAGGAAGUUCGUAUUAGUGGUGCGGGUUCGCCAAUACCGUGUUAUUGCCGAGAUUUUUAUAUUCUGUAUCGGGUGAUUACUGGCUUUAUAUAUUUAGUGCCAUGAUUAAUUGUAAAUUGAUUUGUUCUGUAACUGGGAACAAGCAUCUCCAGGUAGUGUUAUUUUAAGUAGGACUUUAAUUUUUGUAAUAAUUUUGGUAUAGUGAGUGCCGGGACGUCACUCAAUUAAGUAGGGGAGUAUGUAACAGGUCAAAAUGAACUGUUUAUUGAAAAUUCAUAUAUUUUCAUUACUCUUAAUAAUUCGUCUGUAAGUAAUAGAUGCCUUUAGAGGAAGUGCACAAGAAGUAGUAAAAAAAUAGAAAUGUUAAACAAUCUUCAUGCUUUUUAGGAAGUAUGAUUCACACUCUUUCUGGGUAAGAGUGAUGCUGAAUGGUCUUUGGGUCAAAACAUCACAUUCCAGAGCUAUGAGCUUGUAUUAUGGUCAAGGCUUAUGGAGAGUGAUGACUGCAUAAAAGGGAGAGAGGAGUUUGCUCCAAUUCACUCCUGCACUGCACCCCAUUCAUGGGGCAGGCAGAGAGGCUUCUUCAUUUUCGGGUCAGAAUUCUAGGUAAGAUAUUAUUUUGUCAAUUCUGUUAGUUUUGAACAAUAGUUUAUAAAGUUGGUUAACAAUGUAUUUUCUAUUGUUCGGAAUAAGAGGUUAGGUUAUAUUAAAGUGCUAUCUAUGCUAGCAUAGCAUACAUGUAUUUGUCUUAUUCUAAGGGGUUUUGUGAAUUGAAUAAUUAAUUAGUUGUGCAUCUGUCUUUGUCACUUCAGAUGAUUUUUGUGAUAUUUUAUAUUAAUUACUUGUAAUUGUAUACUUGAUUGUAGUAUGUAGUAAUAAACAUAAAAUGUGUUCGGUUCUAAUCGUAAAGUAAAACGGUUUAGUAAAAUGAUCUUUAGAGUUGAAGAUUUUGGUUAUUGAAUUGUAAAUUCAAUGUUUCAGUUUUGUGUUUUCAGAGUAAAGGGUCACAACGAUUGCUUACUAUGUGUAAUAAUUGUUACUUUCCUUUUAAAGGUAUUUGACAUGACAUUCGUGUAGCGGGUGAGGCUAUCACGAGAGGAAAUAAUAUGGUCCUCUAGGCCAGAUUGCCAGGGAAACAAGUGACGAAUCAAGGAGACUCUUGGAUUUAGUUGGAUUACGAGUAUACCUCAUUCAACAAUUGGCAAGAGAGAGUGAAGCAAAGUUUUCUGUCUGGAUUGGCAUACAGAUUUUAUAUUUACUAGGAUUUACUAGUAACCUUCCAUUAUGGAAUAUUAUUUUUACAUAUUGGUUGUAGUAGCCCUGUUCCUAAAGCUUGGGCUUUAUUUCUGCUGGUAUCACAUGCGACGUCGUGCUGCUCUAGCCAGGGAGGUUCACAUCGUAAUGCCAGAUGGGACGACAAGACGAGCAGUGGUAACAGGUCGCUCAUCGCGAGGUAGAAAUAGACAGGAAGAUAGACAGAUCUUAGCCCAUGCCGACACCCUACAACACAGUGAGAACCAAGGUUUUGAAGAGAGACCAGCGUACCCCCAUGUUAUGACUGGUAACAGUCCAGUAGGGGCAUUCCCUGAACCACCCCCUUACUCUGGCAUUAUAGGGGGUAUGGAACAAGGCAGUGAAUGGAAGCUACCUAAAUAUGAGGAUCUACCUCCACCGUAUGUUAACUCAUCCCCUACUGAAACGGGUUGUAGUGCCUCAGAAACCACAGUGCCUCUGCCAUCAUCACCAUCAUCACCACCACCACCAUCAAUAUCAGCAGAUACCACUCAGUCUAGUUAUACUUCACCCGCACCACCCCUCUACACGGUAUCAGCCACGCCCACUACAGGUGAACAGACAGUAAAUACGUCCAUACCAUCACCGGAAUAUCGUAACUCAUGAAUAGAAGAAUAUAUAAUGUUAUCUUUGAAUUCAAUUUCUCUUUCUUUAUUCCGUCUUUGGCUUUUAAUGAUGUCUGUCCAUGAUCUGUCUCUUGAUGAAGUUUGGAUCAGGGAUCCAAAUUGAAGUGAGAACUUGUUUUUAUUUUCAGUACAUCCAAACUCUCAAAGAUGCUCUACAUGUAGGUGUUGUAUGAGGGUUAAACCUGUACAAGUUGAUAAUUUCCUUUGCCUCUGGUAGGCAAAUAAGCUACACGAUGUCUGAUUUGAAAUGCCAUCGCAUAUGUUUUGAUAUCCAAUUGUGUGAAAAUAAUUGUGCAUUCCACUGUUGAAAAAUAUUUUCUGAAUAAAGAAAAAGGGGAAUGAUGGUAUUUGCUCUAUACAGAGCAAAGCCAAAGAAUUUGCAUUACCCAAUAUACAUUGUACAUAUUACAUACAACAGCCUGGAUUAUGAUACACAGAACUCAUCAUCUUUAUUAGCAUUGAUCCCUUUCUGGUCUUCUGCUCUUAAAUGUAGCAUCCCAUACAUAUAAUUGUGAGUAUGAGAAUUUUAUUCUAACUUCCUUUACUUUGCAGUAUAAUAAAAAGAAGUCUUAUCUAGCACAGCUAAAUCCAUUUUGUAUGACAGCUGUGCUGUACAAAUUUAUGCUUUAAUAUAAAUAUUUGCACAGUUCAAUUAUUGGUGAUGGUAAAGAGUACCGAAGUGUGACGUCAUCAAUUUUCACUUUUUGUAUUUCAGCGCUUUUUACACUGUAUACCAUAUUUUGGUAGAACGUGAUGAAAAACCUCACUACCAAAAUUUGGUGAGAAUCGUUCAUGGGGCCCCUAGGAUAUGAUCUCAUGAAUACAUAAUUAGUCCCACUGAAGUCAAUGUAUUCAUGAGGUCAUAUCUCAAGCCCCCAUGGACUGAUUCUCACCAAAUUUUGGUACAAAAAUGCAGUGGGGGUUUUUCAUUAUGCUCUACCAAAAUAUGGUAUUAAAAAUGCUGAAAUGCAAAAAGAAGUUUUGUAUGAGGUCAUCACUUCGGUACUCUAUUGCAAAGUACCCAUUAGAGUGAGUAACGUUAGGCCUAUCUAUAUAUUAAUAUGAAUUUCUUUCUUACGACUUUCAUCAGCAGAUACUGUUACGGUAUACAGAAUGAUAU